AAUAGCACCGGCUGUUGCGCGGCCCUCUGUCGGCCAGCGGGCAGAGCGGAAGGGCGGGGGAUGAGGCCGUGAGACGGCGAGGGGAGCGGCGACCGACUGAGAGAUCGAGAGGUCGACUGUGCGACGCCGUCAGUCUCGUGCGGAGUAUCCCGGGGAGCAGACUGCUUUGGGCACAGCGGAAUUGCUGUUUGUUUUUCAGUGUUUACUUUGCCCUCCUCGAUGAACUGAAUCCCCUCCAAUUUUUCUUUCCUCACGUUUUGUUUCAUCCCACUAUCUCGUAUGCAUACAGGAGGGCUGCUUUAAUCUGUCUCGACCACCUGCGGUGCAUCUAAGUCUUAGAACGUUGCGCAGGUGGCUGUCGACUGUGCACUGCGGGCUCUGUAUGGAUGAAUAGACGGUCGGCGGGGUUCUACUCGGGCGGGGGCGGGGGGUGGGGGGUGGGGGUUCCGCUGCGGGGUGGCUUUACAAAGUUGCAGUCAGGACCGAGCUGCUGUAGGAGGUGCUGAGGAUGGCGGUGGCGCUGGAGGAAGUGUGGGGGCGGGUAAAGAAUGUCUGCAAGCAGAACGGCCUCCUCAUCCUGUCUGUGCUGGCCGUGGUAGUCGGCUGCCUGCUUGGCUUCUUUCUGAGGGGCAAGCAGCUCUCCGAACAGGAGGUCAAAUACUUUCAGUUUCCUGGAGAACUGCUCAUGAGGAUGUUGAAAAUGCUCAUUUUGCCGCUUGUCGUUUCCAGUUUGAUGUCAGGUCUGGCCGCUCUGGAUGCCAAAUGCUCCAGUCGACUGGGCAUCAUGACCAUCUCCUACUACCUCUGGACCACCUUUGUUGCUGUGGUGGUGGGCAUCGUCAUGGUGUACGUCAUCCACCCGGGAGGAGCUGCUCAGAAGGAGGACUCUGACGAGAGCAAGAAGCCGAUGACCAGCUCUGCCGACGCUCUGCUGGAUCUCAUUCGAAACAUGUUUCCAGCAAACUUGGUUCAGGCUACAUUUCAACAGUAUCGAACCCAGAGAUUGGCCGAAUAUAUCCCGAAACCAACAGUGGCUCAGCUCUCGGAUGAGACCACCACUCGGAAGGUCUACAUCUACGGCAUCCAGGAUGACAACGGAACAGACGUCCAGAACUUUUCCCUGGACCUCACGCCGCCGCCGGACGUCAUAAUGAAGACAUCGGCGGGUACCAGCGAGGGCAUGAACGUGCUGGGCAUUGUCAUUUUCUCUGCCACCAUGGGGAUCAUGUUGGGGAGGAUGGGGCCCAAUGGAAGCGCUUUGGUCAACUUCUGUCAGAGUUUGAAUGAAGCGGUUCUCAAGAUCGUUGCCAUUGUUAUCUGGUAUUUCCCCUUCGGUAUUGUUUUCCUGGUUGCCGGGAAGAUCUUGGAGAUGGACGAUCCGUCGGCAAUGGGGAAGAAGCUGGGCUUCUAUGCCAUCACAGUCGUCAUGGGCUUGGUGCUCCACGGGCUUUUCAUCCUGCCGGCCAUGUAUUUCUUCAUCACCAAGAAGAGCCCCAUUGUUUACAUCAGAGGAAUUUUGCAGGCCCUACUUAUUUCCUUGGCCACCUCUUCCAGCUCUGCCACGCUGCCUAUCACCUUCAAGUGCCUCCUAGAAAACAACCACAUCGACAGACGCAUCAUCCGCUUCGUGCUGCCCGUGGGGGCCACCAUCAACAUGGACGGCACCGCCCUCUACGAGGCCGUGGCGGCCAUCUUUAUAGCCCAAGUGAAUAACUACGAACUCGACUUCGGACAAAUCAUCACGAUUAGCAUUACUGCCACAGCAGCCAGUAUUGGUGCAGCUGGAAUCCCACAAGCUGGACUGGUUACCAUGGUGAUCGUGCUGACCUCUGUGGGUCUGCCUACCGAUGACAUCACUCUCAUCAUUGCGGUUGAUUGGGCUUUGGAUCGAUUCCGGACCAUGGUCAAUGUGAUGGGCGACGCCCUGGCCACAGGCAUCAUGGCUCACAUCUGCAGAAAAGAUUUCAUCAAAGAGGGCGAACAGGUGCCUCUGAUCUGCGAGACGAAGCCCAUGAUCAGCAUCCAGCAGAUGAUGAGCUACCAGAACCAGAAGAACGGCUGCUACCAACCGCCUCCGCCGGGGGGCAAGCACGAGCGCCUGUCCCCGGACGUGGCCCGCCUGAUCCAGCUGGAGGAGGGCAUUCGACCACUAGACAAGAAGAAGCACGCUCACUCCUCUCACCACAAGAGAGGCCACAGAGACAAGGACCACUGUUCCAUUGACAUGAACGGUCUGGAGACUAACGUAUAGACCGAGCACUGGAGCGCUGGCCCGGCACGCUCCUUUGGCCACGCCGCUCCGAGCUCUCGGAAAAGAGAUUACUGGAAAGUGAAUGAAUGCGGAGGAAAUCGAAAACAAACACUGCUUUUUUCUUUUUCAUAACAGUAUUUUAAUAAUGACCUGCGUAUUUGUGAGUGUCCAUAUCCAACAUGUAUCAUUUGGUAGCAGUCGUGCAUGAUGUUGGGCUUGGGCCGAUUCGCUUCAAGGUUCCACUUCUAUUCAAAGGAGGAGGGAGGGAGUACAUAAAAGCUUAUCAUUAUCAAAAGCAACUCUAUCCUUCUGUGGACUGUGGAAAAAUCCACCAGAAUCAUAUUGCAUUAACCUGUUUUGGUAUCCAAAAGUAUAUUUUUAAGAGGGAUAUUUUUUGUAUAUUUCAAUCAUGCAUUGAAGCGCACAUACGGCACAACGACAAAAAUACGGUACGGUGCCGAGCUCUUCACCCGCCAUAAGAUUUGAUGUCUUAGCAGCGCUGUAGUUUGAAAUCGUUCACUAUAUAGCGCGCCACAGAUAGCUUCCGAUCACAUGACAGGUUUGUCCGCCAUCUUGGAGAGCUGGAAAAUAAGCUAGGCUGGAAACGGAAAGACCACGAGAUGGAACUGCGUUUGUUUUUGCUCCUGUGUUUCUUUUUCUGUAAUCGGUUCAUAUCAGCUAUGUCAAAAAAGUUGACAGAGGAAGGAGAAACUCCGGAUGCAGUGGCAAAGAUGGCACGACACGGCGACAAAGUGGCUGUCAUAAACAACUGUACCAUUCCUACACAAUUCUCACCGCCUAACAGUGCGCGCAGACAAGCGGAAAUAAAAGGAAACUUUCACCUCACGACAGCAUUGACUUUGCCUAGCGGAGCUUUACCUUCAACGAAGUGUUCGGAACAGACGCAGACGCAUGGGCGGCGCACCCGGCCGGAUCCGGGAAAGCCGCAAUCUCGGUCUUUUCCUUGACAAUUCAAUGUUCAGUCUUCAGUCUUGGUGCUACGAAACGGCGAAAUGAGACUUUGUCCCUCCCGCCUGUCUCGUUGCAGCCAAACAUUGCGUCGUUUCUCACCAUUUUUGGACAUUGGCUGCCAAAAUCAUCUCGUUUAACGCUCGAUGCGCAGCGGGAAAACAACGCGUGGGACCUCCAACACGGCGGCCCAGAUGUGCGCUAUAUCACGGGAAAACUAAAACACUCGCUUAGAAGUGCAACACAUCAAAACUUGGAAGGACAUAAAGUGCUUGGUUUGUAUUCAUUUUUGAAAGGUACACUCAGCUUCAAACAAUGUAUUUGUUCAAUGUUUUCUAUUUAUUACACACACACACACACACCAAAAAUCAAUGAACACAAGCGGCUUAAAAGGGAACGUUAAGUACAACUACUCACCAUAAUGCAGAAUGGCUGUGAGCCCUGGGCUUGUUCCUUAAGUCCAGUCUGCGCCGUCAUUUUGUCCUCGUUGCCGUCACUGCGGAAAAGGCCGCUUCACGAAGAUAGGAGGUUGGAAACGGUAGAAGGGUAUUCAGUUCAUCUCUUUUUCUUUCCAAAAACUCCCAAGGGCUCAUCGUUUAGUCCAGGUUGCUUGGUCGCCACGUGUCGUUGGCUACCUUGUCGCCACAUCCAGUAUUAUGCAGCGCGGACUCGCUGCGUGCGAGUUACUUGUUGAGAUAAACCCGUAUUUUAAGUAGGUCUCCUGAUAUUCUCUAUUAAAAGAUGCUUUCUUUU